AACGAAAUCAGUGCUGACUCGCAGUCGACGAGAGAAUCGUAAUCAGAGCCCCUGGAGGCGAGAACGCACGAGGGUUUCCCAAGUGCCACGCGUGUUCAAUUAAUUUUUUCCCUCCUAACGGGAGUUGCGUUAAUUGUGUGAAUUGAAGAAAGGUCCCGUCGUUACGUUCGAUAAAAACAAAUAAUCAUGCUCACGUCCGUGGCAAGGCAAGUUGCUCGUCGUUCUUUCUCCACCUCAAAAUUGGCAGCUGCACAGCAGAUGACUGUUCGAGAUGCUCUCAAUUCUGCACUUGACGAGGAAAUGGAGAGAGACGAGAAAGUUUUCCUUAUGGGUGAAGAGGUUGCCCUCUAUGACGGAGCUUACAAAGUCUCCAGGGGUCUCUGGAAAAAGUACGGUGAAAAAAGGGUCAUCGACACACCUAUCACCGAAUCAGGAUUCACUGGAAUGGCUGUAGGAGCAGCGAUGGCUGGUCUACGUCCGGUGUGCGAAUUCAUGACGUACAAUUUUUCAAUGCAAGCUAUUGAUCAGAUAAUCAAUUCAGCGGCAAAAACAUUUUACAUGUCAGCUGGAAGAGUCAAUGUACCGAUAGUGUUUCGUGGACCGAACGGAGCAGCAGCAGGAGUGGGUGCUCAACAUUCGCAGUGUUUUGGAGCUUGGUACAGUCACUGUCCAGGAUUGAAAGUUGUCUCCCCUUAUACCAGCGAAGAUGCUAAGGGUCUUUUGAAAGCAGCCAUACGUGAUCCUGACCCGGUGGUAGUAUUGGAAAAUGAACUGCUCUACGGUGUCCAAUAUCCAGUCUCGGACGAAGUAUUGUCAAAGGAUUUCGUCUUACCGAUUGGCAAAGCAAAAAUCGAACGCGCUGGCAAACACGUUACUCUCAUCUCACAUUCCAAGGGAGUGGAACAGGCGCUCGAAGCUGCCAAUGAAUUAGCCGGCAAAGGCAUCGAGGCUGAAGUCAUUAAUCUUCGUUCACUCAGGCCUCUUGAUACCGAAACAAUUUUAAAAUCAGUCGUCAAAACUCAUCAUGUUAUUACCGUCGAACAGGGCUGGCCCCAGUCCGGUAUUGGUGCUGAAAUUUGUGCCAGAAUCAUGGAAAGCGAAGCCUUUUUCCACCUUGAUGCGCCGGUGAUUCGUGUGACUGGUGUUGAUACACCAAUGCCGUAUACUAAAAGCUUAGAGGCAAUCGCUUUGCCACGAAAGGAAGAUAUCGUAAUGACCGUGAAUAAAAUAUUGGGUGUAUCGCAGUAGCCAAAUUGAAUAAUAAUAAUAAUAAUUUUAAAAUCUGUACAUCCAUUGAUACCCUUAAUGGAUCGUGUAUGACGUCGGAUCAUCAAAAUCUCUGUUGGUGCUGCUUUUAUCCCGAUAGCGUCGAUUAUUCGUUGGCACUCGAAUGAAAAAUAGUUUGAAAACAAAGAAAAAUCGAAAAAUCCCUCUACAACAAUUGUUAUCGGACGACAAUCGUGAUCAGUACGAACGAUUCAUUUUCUGUUAACGUUUAAUUCGAAAAUCGUCAUCCAUGUCGAAUUAUUGCCAGUUAAUUUUAAAGACAAUCCGUCAACUGAGUCUUGAUAUAAAAAAAAGCGAGUACACUCAAAGAUUAUGUCGAAAAAUCGAACUGUUGGUUGAUUUGGCGAAAAUCAUAGAUUGGGAUAGAUCGAUGUAUCAUAUACAUCGGUAUUAGAAGGGCUAGAAAAUUACAAAUACAAAAAAAAACUCGAACUGGAAUGCGGCUGUAAAAACAUAAGUAAAAAAAAAACUCAAGUCAUUGAACAUCGACACGCCGAGGCCGCCACGCUUAAAAUCUUUUGCUCUUAUUAGCGAAACGUAUGAAAAAUCCAAUGAAUACUGUGUGUACAUUUUUGCACGAUAUAGAGCUCGAAAGAAAAUACAAAAUAAACACAAAUCUCGAUCGGUCUAGCGUGUUGAUGUAAUAGUCGUAGUUAAGUAAAUAUUAUGUCGAUAUCGGGCAAGGAAACACGUACGGAACGUCGGUAUAAACUCUCCUUCCUCGCUGUCAGCGUUAUUUAUUACAGAGAACAUACGAGAUUGAGAAAAACAAAAACGAACGAUUUAUCGAGUUAUUACCAGCAAAAAACAAAUAACAAAGAAAUCAAAGAAAAAAACUGAAAAAAAAACAACAAAAUAUGAAAAUAAAUUGUAAUAUAUGAUCAUU